CUUCAUUAAGUAGACUUUGAGAUCCACGUGUCAGGCACUGCCUUUCUAGUACAUAUUUCAUUUUCUUUGUGCCUUUUGUGAUUGAUUGUCUUUCCACAGUGGAGUCUUGAGUACUAGUUUCCCAUAGCAUAUUUGCAGGAGAUGAAGUAAGGCUUUUUACAUAGCACCCUGUUGGCAAACAGAAAUAGCAUUUACUCCAGUGAGUGCUGCCAAGUAUGAGGUACUUCCGAGUGAACUUCAAAAGCUACGAAAUAAGCAUUAGCUGCUGCUUCAAAAAUGUGAACAAUGCCAUUGCUUUCUAGCAAGCAGAACUGGUGAGAGAGCAGAUAGGAGGGAAAUACAACAACUGGACACAUGAUAGAUGUUGUAGUAGCACUUGGGAUCAGACUAAGUAUAGCUCUGUGUCACAGCAGGAUUUGGGGGGCUCUCGUUGUGAUCGUAUCCUACCUAUGCACUCUGUUCUUCAGGAAGAAACAAUUUCUACCAUGGGAAACACAUGGAGGCUUAGCAAAACACGUGAGUAGCUGCAGUUGUGCAAGCCCAAACUGUUUGGAGUGCUGGUAGGAAUGAGUUUUGCUAAUCCCAAAGCUGGUGAGGAGUUUUCUUGCCGACGCUGUUAGCUGGUGCUGUCCCUGUGUGCUCAAUGAGGAAAGAGCCAAGCCAACUGAUAAGCCUGAAGGCAUGGCCCCUAACGUGAUCCAGAACUGGAGGCAGAAUGUGUGAGAAACAAGGCAAGCUGUUCUUUGUUCAGUUCCACCAAGUUAGAAGAGUGAUGACCAUCCUUUUCCUUACUAUGGUUAUCUCAUACUUCAGUUGCAUGAAAGCUGCCCCGAUGAAAGAAGCUAGUGUAAGAGGACAAGGCAGCUUGGCUUACCCAGGUCUUCGGACCCACGGGACACUUGAAAGCCUAAACGGGCCCAACGCUGGUUCAAGAGGACUGACGUCGCUGGCGGACACUUUUGAGCACGUGAUAGAGGAGCUUCUGGAUGAGGAUCAGGACAUCCAGCCCAGCGAGGAAAACAAGGACGCGGACUUGUACACAUCCCGAGUCAUGCUGAGCAGCCAAGUGCCUUUGGAACCCCCGCUGCUUUUUCUGCUUGAGGAGUACAAAAACUACCUGGAUGCUGCAAACAUGUCCAUGAGAGUCCGGCGUCACUCUGACCCAGCUCGCCGCGGGGAACUGAGCGUCUGCGACAGCACGAGCGAGUGGGUAACGGCGGCGGAGAAAAAGACUGCGGUGGACAUGUCUGGUGCGACCGUCACAGUCCUUGAGAAAGUCCCGGUACCGAAAGGCCAACUGAAGCAAUACUUCUAUGAGACCAAAUGCAACCCCAAGGGGUACACAAAGGAAGGCUGCAGGGGCAUAGACAAGAGGCACUGGAACUCGCAGUGCCGAACUACCCAGUCUUACGUGAGAGCUCUCACCAUGGAUAACAAAAAGAGAGUUGGCUGGCGGUUUAUAAGAAUAGACACUUCCUGUGUAUGUACAUUGACCAUUAAAAGGGGAAGAUAGUGGGCUCGUGCUGUACAGAUUAUAUUGAGACGAAAUUAUCUAUUUGUAUAUAUACAUAACAGGGUAAAUUAUUCAGUAAAAAAUAAUUUUAUGGACUGCAUGUAUAACUGAAGUUUAUACAGUACAGUGAUUCCACAAUCUAUUUAUUGAACGUAUCCAUGACCUGAAAGGGAACAAAAGUCAAAGUCAUUUGCGCACAAAUUAAAACAAAAAUAAAAAGAAAAAAAAAAAAAGGAAAAAAGAGGAGAAAAAAAAAAAAAAGAAAAAAGCAAACAAACUAAAAAAGUCUGCAUUACAUUCCUCGAUAACGUUGUGGUUUGUCGCCGUUGCCAAGAAUUGAAAACAGAAAAAGAUUUUAAAAAAAAAAAAUUAAAAUUGCAUGCUGCUUCAAUUGUGAAUUGAUGAUAAACUGUCCUCUUUCAGAAAAAUAAAUUGAACCAAAACAUUCCGUUUACAUUUUAGACAGUAAGUAUCUUUAUUCCUGUUAGUACUAUAUCUGUUUACUGCUUUUACCUUCUGAUAGCGUUGGAAUUAAAACAAUGUCAAGGUGCUGUUGUCAUAGUUUUACUGUUUCUCUUAUUUUUGAAUUCCCAUCAGAUUUGGGAAAAAGAACAACAACAACAAGGAAAACCACAUUACCUUAUUCUGGAUUAAAGACAAAUUUGUUUCUUGUAUGUUGUGAAGGUGUUUGCGAUAGCAAUCCGACUACUACUGAUAAAAAUAAAUAAAUAAAAAGAGGCAACUGAAAAAGAAUGGUGAUGUUCCACUUCACAUUGUUGAACUUCAGGCUUCAAGGCAGCACUCAGUUAACUGUCUGUCAACAUGCUUUGCUGGGUUAUUUUUUUAGUAAGUCAUUGUCUUUUGAGACUUGCCUUUCUUUAUACCAUAUUUGUUUGUGUUUGGGGUCCCCUCCCCUUUUCUCUCUCCAAGAAGGUUGACUGUGAGCUUCAGAAUAUUUCACUCUGCAUACAGCUGGAGCUUGUCACGUAGAAAAUGCUCUGUGGAGCGUUGAGAGCAGUGAUAACAGUGUAAUGUGACUGUGCUUGGAUCUAACAUCAUAGUGAA